CUUCCGCGAGGGCCUAAUUAAUUAUAGCGGCACAGGUGUGAGUAUUCGUCCUCACAGAGACCUGCACGGACUAACAGGGAUACACGAGGCCAUGUUGUAGACAGUCCAGGCGAUAAAAGGGGGACAGAUUUUGACGACGUCUGUAAAAAUGAAGGUACCUGAGGCAGAAUUAAUGAGCGACAUUUUGAAGCGUCUGACAGGCGAGUCUGCGCUGCCUUUUUACAGCUGCAUUGAGAAGUUCAAGCGCGGAAGAAACGGUUUAUAUUUCGUCGCGGAGGAUUUCAGUGACACUGUUAAAAAGAGGGAACUGGUCAAUGCCAAGGAACGGCAAAGAAUCAGGAACCUAAAUACCAUGUUCUCCCGCCUGAAACGCAUGGUGCCACUAAUGCAGCCAGACAGAAAGCCCAGUAAAGUGGACACGCUCAAAGCAGCAACAGAGUACAUUCGACUCCUCCUCGCUGUUUUGCAGGAUACUGACAAUAAUAAUGGCAGUGGGACUGAUUUCCUAAAGAAUGCAAUCACUUAUGGUCAGACUGAAGGCUUGGGAAGUGACCUGUGGAGAAUAGAUGAUUUCCUGGACAUGGAGGAGCACAUGGAUGAUGGGUUUGCCAUGCCACUGGAACCGGCAAGUGAAGACAGAGAUAUGAACAGACUGGUGUUGCAACACUGUGUGAUGCCUGCAUACCAGUUCAUCAUCCAAGUAGCACCUGAUCAACCUUUGAUGUCUCAACCAUGCUGAAUGUUUACAACAGAUGAUUUGGAUCAGUCUGGGAAACAUACAAGGAGCACACUACAUUGAAGAACAGAGUUAUCCAGAAAAAAAAAACAUGCUUUUUUUCCCCUUUUUUAUUUAAAAAAAAGUGACUAUUCUUUCUCAUGUGAAUUUAAAAAAUGUUUUUCAUUUUGUAUUCUUGGCAGCAUGUAAAUGAAAUGAGUUGAACCAAGAUUUACUAGGACUUACUAGGCCUAUAUGAAAAUAUCAGCUCUAUUAACUUCUGAAGGAAGCAACUGCAUUUUUGGUUUGCAUUAUAAGUUGUCAAUAAAAAUUAAAUGUGUUUAAAAUUC